AUGCCGGACCUCGAACGUACGGGCCGCACCCUGAGGCUGCGUUGGCCCUGGCUUCGGUGGACUUACCCUCAACGACCCUGGGUGGGCUCCAAGCUACCCUAUGACGACAUUGACAUGGACCUCUUCAGGGCGGCAACGAAGAUCACCAUCGGAAAUGGGGAGCUUACUUCCUUCUGGUUCGACUCAUGGUCUGAACGUGGGCCUCUCCGCGUGUGGGCUCCUGAUCUUUUUAAGGUGGCCACCAGAAAAUCGAGAUCCGUCGCCAAAGAAUUCCUCGACGACAACUGGAUCCGCUCCAUUGCUGGCCUCAGCACGCUGGUACAACUGGCGCAAUUCCUGGAUAUCUGGAAUCUCGUGGCAUCCACCCACCUAAACCCGGAUACGCCUGACACCAUUGCUUGGACUACGAGCUCGCAGGGGAUUUACUCAGCGGGUUCCGCAUACCACCUUCAGUUCCUGGGCAGUUUAUCCAAGUUCGACGCCGCCAAGAUUUGGCUUGCACACGCUGAACCAAAAUGCAUGAUCUUUGCAUGGCUCGCCUUCCAUGCUAAGCUUCUCACCGCUGACAGGCUCGCCAUUCGGUGGUGA